AUGGGAAUCGUCCACAUUGUAAUGUUCGCCUUCGAGCCACUGGCUCCCCCAGAGGACGUCCAGAGUGUUUGUGAUGGAAUGCUGGCUCUCAAGGAUAAGUGCGUGCAUCCAGAGUCCAAGCAGCCGUAUUUGAAGACGGGGAAGGGAGGAAAGGAUAACAGUCCCGAGGGGCACCAGAAUGGCAUCUCGCAUGUGUUCGUCAGCGAGUUCGAGAACGAAAAGGAUCGGGAGUAUUACUUGAAUGAAGACCCGGCCCAUCUGGCAUUCGUCAAGAGUCUUGAUGGCAUUGUUGCCAAGGUGCAGGUGGUCGACUUUACUCCCGGGGUCUUCGAAUAA